UUGGUCCGACUGACUGGUGCUCUGUGAGAAACCCAGAGAGAGAGAGACAGAAAGAGGGGGGCAUGCACAGAGCGAGAAAGAGAAGGGGAGAGAGAGAGAGAGAGAGGGAGACAGAGAGAGAGAAUGUAUGGUGAAAGGGUGGUGCUUCCUUGCUUGUUUUCUGGGCCUUUGUAAAACCAUGGGAUGUAUCGGCUCCAAGACUCUCAUCGCAGAUGGAGUUCCGGUACAGAAGGACGGGGAGCAGCAUGGACGUACAGACUUUUCAUGGGAAGGACUCAAUCUCUCAAUGGAAGACACCACCUCCAUCCUCCCACGCCUGAAACGAAACUCCAACUCCAACUCCAACUCGUAUGGGAUUGGUGCUCUGGCUAAGUCCUCUCUGUCAGGUGUGUCAGGUGUGACACGGUCCAUGAAGGACAAAGUGACCAAGCCAACAGCAAUGGCCCAGGGCCGUGUGGCUCACAUGAUUGAGUGGCAGAGCUGGGGCAAACCAUCUGCCGGACCAGAGGGGGGUGCAGGCCGCGCCAACCUGACUCGCGAGCGGGAGAGACGGCUAGAAAACGAUGCCUACAGUGACUUGAGUGACGGGGAGAAGGAGGCACGCUUUGCAGCUGGAGUGUUGCAGCAGUUUGCUAUCUCAGGAGCAGCCCUGCUGACCUGGAACUCUAUGGAGGGCGACAGUCUAUGCGCAGGAUCCAACCAAGGCAGCGUGGGCCACCUCAGCGAUGCCAACCAAGAGAGCAUAACCAGCAGAGAUCAAAUAUUACACCAGUCUGCAGCGGAGGUGUGGCCUCACACAUACGUGUCUCAGGGCCUCUACUGUCUCUCCUCCUCUGAUGCCUGGGAGCCAAUCACGGAUGAGCCCGCCGGGGUGGCCUCCCCCAGCGGCGGGUCUUACGUCAUGAUGGGCGGGACUCCCUGCGAAGGCUACGAUGGCAGCGGAUCACAAUAUCUAUCCCAGCAGCAGCAACUUAACCUGCAGCACAGUCAGCUGCAGCAGCUCCAGCAAAUACAGCAAUUCCAGCAGCAUCAGUUUCUGCAGUAUCAGCAACAGUCACUGGACCACAGGUUCCAGAGAGCCACCCGCUCCCUGCAAGCCACGCCCAACAGCACUAUCCACAGUCUGGGCCCUCCCACUCACCCACGAUUGGCUGAUUUGUGGGGGAUGGGCCAAACCGAGGUGUUUCCGGUGGAUGCUGGUGGAUAUGUGGGCGUGUCAGCAGUAGAUGGGGAAGUGAUGUCGACCAAUGGAGUGGAGGUUGGAACAGAGAGCGAAUGUCUGCUGCAGAAACAGGAAGAGGAGACCCAGGAAGAGGAAAUUCCAUCAUGUACAGAGCCUGAGUCUGUUACUCUGACCCCACCUUUGCCAAGUGAAGAGAUUCCCCCUACUGAGGCCUGCAGUCCAGGACAAGCACCAGAGUCAAUCACGGAGUGCAAAACCUUUGAUGUCACUUCCUGUGUUGUACAAUCCUUAGAGGAGAAGAAUGAAGGGGCUGAAGUUGAGGCAGUUGCUGUGGCAACCAACUGAGAUGCAAGUUAAUGCCAGAGACUAACAGACACUGACUGAUGAAAAUAAUUUCUGAAAUAAUAAUCAAAUGGAUCAAGGUAUUCUGUUCCUUUCCAGGUAUUUAUCCUCUGUGUGACUGGUCAAAUUUUAAAGACAUUUUAUGAGAUGGAAAAGACGGACUGAACACCACAAACGACUGAUGGCUCUGCGUAUCUAGGAUUACGCAGGGGCAUUCAGCGGCAUGGAUGAAGAUGAAAGAGAGAAAGGAGAUAACAAUACCAGCGGCACCAACGAAGGUAUGACAGCGUGGAAUAGCGAAUGCCAAAAGUAAGUCAUAAAGUGCAUGCAUAAGACUCAAGUCUGUCACCAUUAUGAAUAUAAUCAUGACAAAUUAUAACAAACAAUUAUCAUUUUUAAUAAACCAAAAUGUGAUAUGUACAUGUAUAAAUGGUCAUAAAAUAUAUAUUGGCAGACAUCGUUUUUGAAUAUCCCAACCGCAUAUGAAAAGAUCCCUAUAUAUCUGUGGUUUGAAUUUAAAUACCAGGUACAAAAAAAAAAAAACUGCUGCCCUGUUCAUGUCCUGUUCACUAUGGCCACGUACUGGUGUAUUUAGACUGUUCUGUAUUAGCUUAAUGACUUUAAAAUGGUCAGUUGCAUUAAUUUCAUUUAUUAUUUGUCGUUUUAAAACAAGUUUUGUCCUUGCUUCUCAUAAAAUUGGACACAUUUAUGUACAAUUAAUUUCAAUCCGGCAAUUAAUUCCCUGAUCACCUUGUGUACAUCCUCAAUGAAUAUCUCCUCAAUUAAUAGCAUACAGUAAAGUGCGUGAGUAUUUGGACAAUGACACAAUUUUUGUUGUUUUGGUUCUGUACUCCAGCACAUUGGAUUUGAAAAGAUGAAUAAUGAACAUGAAGCUAAAGUGCAGACUGUCAGCUUUAAUUAGAGGGUAUUUGCAUCCAGUUUGGGUGAUCAAUGUAGCAAUGUAAAUGUGACAAAAACCAGUCAUAACAUGAUGGCAAAGCCGUAUAAAAAGAGUGGUCGUGUGCAAUUGUACUCUUGCAACGUUUUCUUCCAUAGAGUAAAAGCAGUAUAACAACCCUCAUAUUAAAGAGUACUCUACAUGCAAAUGCAUGCUCACUGCAGUUCUACACAGUAUUUUAUUAUCCCAUCUGAAUUUUAAUUUUGUUAUUGUCACUAAUUAUACACACUGCGACAUUUUUUCUGACCAUGUUAA